AUGUUGUAUUCAAAAACUUUUGUAGAAUUAGAAAUAUUUUACCAAGAAAUUAUGAACGAUGACUUGACAAAACAAUAUUCUAGGUUUGAGAGUUAUGUAGUAGGUUUAUUUCAGCGACGUAAUGAAUGGGCACUUUGCUUAAGACAGUCAUUGAUUACACGUGGACAAAACACAAAUAACAUCUGUGAAGCAGGAGUUAAGAUUGUAAAAGAUACAAUACUUGACAGAACAAGGGCAUAUUCUCCAGUACAGUUAUUUUUUUUUAUCGUUAAUGAUCUUGAAAAAUUUUAUGAAAUGAAGUUGUUAGAUAUUGCAGCUAAUCGCCCUGCACAAUAUUUAAAAAAAAAAUGUAUAUUAACUGAAUCACAAAAAGAGCAUUUAGAAUUUAAAGAUUUAGAAUCAACAUACGAGGUUAAAAAUAAUCAUAAGAAUACACUUUACCAUGUAGACCUGGAUUUAGGAAUUUGUUCAUGUCCAGAAGAUUGUACUGGUAAACCUUGCAAACACCAGAUAUUUGUUGCAUCAAGCUUAAAUGUUGAUCUUAAGCUUUGUUUACCAACUAAUGAAGAAACCAGAAAAGCAUUACAUAUAAUUGCCACUGGAAGCUCAGAAAUUGAAAAUGGGUGGUAUGGUUCAAUUCUAAAGCAGCCUCAAUCCAUAUCAGUAAAUACUGAAAACAAAAUAUUAGUAUAA